AUGACGUCGCGAGUUCCACGUUGGCCCGGACGUGGCAGCAGAAUCAGAGGACAGAAAUAAACGAUUCUUAAUUUGGGAGUCACAAACAGAACGAUUCACGCCUCGUCUCAACAACGACGAGAAUUUAAAAAAGCUUUUCUUCAAAUUUAGACAUUCACGCACAACAUGGGGCUCCUAAUCUCGUCAGUUUUUACCAGGCUGUUCGGCAAGAAACAGAUGAGAAUACUUAUGGUGGGCUUGGAUGCCGCAGGGAAAACCACUAUAUUGUACAAACUGAAGCUGGGAGAAAUAGUGACCACCAUUCCAACUAUUGGCUUUAACGUGGAGACGGUGGAGUAUAAGAACAUCUGCUUCACGGUGUGGGAUGUGGGUGGUCAGGACAAGAUCAGACCCCUCUGGAGACACUACUUCCAGAACACACAGGGUCUGAUCUUUGUAGUAGACAGCAACGACAGAGAGAGAGUGGCUGAAUCUGCAGAGGAACUCUCCAAAAUGCUCCAGGAGGAUGAGUUGAGAGAAGCAGUGUUACUGGUUUUUGCUAACAAGCAGGACCUUCCCAACGCUAUGGCGGUCAGCGACCUCACAGACAAACUGGGACUGCAGAGCCUCCGCAGCAGAGUGUGGCACGUGCAGGCGACCUGUGCGACCCAGGGCACAGGACUGUAUGAAGGACUGGACUGGCUUUCCAACGAGCUGUCAAAGCAAUAAUACCGGACAUCACAGGAGAGCAAGAAGCAGAGAACGAUAAAAGGAGGUCGAGAACACCUCGGAGAGAAAGACUGACCCCUUUAAUCAAGA